AUGUUUUCGAAUAGACUUCCAAAAAUAUCCCUCUGUAAACCUGUAUUUAAAAUUAUCUUUGGAAAGCCAACUCCAACAGUAGCCUUUUCUCAUUACAUCUCUAGACGUUUAUAUUCGCCUCGUAUAAGGUACAAUACUAAUGAAAAUAACAUUUCCAAUCCGAAUGCAUACUAUUAUGAACAUAAUAACUCAUUUUCAAAUACAAACCCACAAUACAAUAACAACGAUCAGAAACCACCAGACUAUUAUGCCGGUAUUUUGAAUCAACCUACGCUUGUUAUUGAACGUAAAUUUGAAGCAUUUAACAUUUUUCUGGGGGUCGAACAGGCUAAUAAGUAUAGAAUUUUGGAUGUCAAUGGGAAUCAAUUGGGUUAUAUACUUGAAAGUUUGGAAUCUUUCCCCGCAGUUAUUAAAAGACAACUAUUUAGAACACAUAGAUCUUUCCAAAUCGAUGUUUUCGAUAAUUUUGAUAAUAAAAUUUUAAGUUUUACAAGGCCCUUCAGGUUUAUCAACUCAUAUAUCCAGGCAGUAAGUGAUAACAAUUCUUCUAAUGGUACACCUCAUGUCUUGGGGGAAAGUAGACAGGUCUGGAAUUUGCUGAGAAGAAAGUAUGAGUUAUUUGAGACCGCCAAUUCUACCGUUUCCAGCUCAAACGGAGCUCCAGCUUUCAAUCAAUUCGGAUAUGUUGAUGCACCAUUCUUGAGUUUUGAAUUUAAUGUACAAGAUAUAAACGGACUUAUUAUAGGUGGUGUGGAUAGAAAUUGGGUAGGUUUGGCAAGAGAAUUUUUCACCGAUACAGGUGUUUAUGUUGUUCGAUUUGACAGUUCAAUGUGUUACGAAGGAAUCUAUCCGGAUUCAAUGUUGAAUAAAUCCAAAAAAUUGUCCUAUAAUGAACGAUGUACUCUUUUGGCUAUGGCCAUCAGUAUUGAUUUUGAUUAUUUUAGCAGACAUUCUACUUCAAAUGGUGGAAUUAUUUCCACAACAGAUGAUAUAUAA